UCCACCAUUUCACAGGAGGAUGGAGACCCUGAACACGUCCAGCCCUUUCAAUUUCACCCUGCCACCCAACUUUGGUAAGCGCCCCACCGACUUUGCGCUAAGCGUCAUCCUGGUGGUCAUGUUGUUCAUCAUCAUGAUCUCACUAGGCUGCACCAUGGAGGUCAGUAAGAUCAAGGCACACUUCUGGAAGCCUAAGGGACUGGCCAUCGCCCUGGUGGCACAGUAUGGCAUCAUGCCCCUCACCGCCUUUGCACUGGGCAAGCUGUUCCGGCUGAACAACAUUGAGUUACUGGCCAUCCUGAUCUGCGGCUGCUCACCAGGGGGGAACCUGUCCAAUAUCUUCAGUCUGGCUGCAAAGGGGGACAUGAACCUCAGCAUUGUGAUGACCACCUGCUCCACCUUCUUUGCACUGGGCAUGAUGCCCCUCCUGCUGUACAUCUACUCCAUGGGGAUCUACGAUGGGGACCUUAAGGACAAAGUGCCUUAUGGAGGCAUCGUGAUCUCACUGGUCCUAGUUCUCAUUCCUUGCAGCAUAGGGAUCUUCCUCAAUGCCAAGCGGCCACAAUAUGUGCGCUAUGUCAUCAAGGGAGGAAUGAUCAUCAUGCUUCUGUCUACUGUGGCCAUUUCGGUUCUCUCUGCCAUCAACGUGGGCAAGAGCAUCAUGUUUGUCAUGACACCACACUUGCUGGCCACCUCCUCCCUCAUGCCUUUUAUCGGCUUCCUGAUGGGCUAUAUUCUCUCUGUCAUCUUCCACCUCAACGAACAAUGCAGGCGCACCGUGAGCAUGGAGACUGGAUGCCAAAAUGUUCAACUCUGCUCCACCAUCCUCAAUGUGACUUUUCCUCCUGAAGUUAUUGGACCACUUUUCUUCUUUCCUCUCCUCUAUAUGAUUUUCCAGCUUGGAGAAGGGCUUCUCUUCAUUGCCAUCUUUCGGUGCUACCAGAAAAUCAAUCCUCCUAAGGAUAAAUCAAAAAUAGUCUAUACAGCUGCCGCAACUGAAGAAACAAUUCCAGAAGCUCUAAGAAAUGGCACCUACAAAGGAGAGGAGUACUUCACUUGCAAAGCCUAGCCCUUCCUCCCAGUGGCCUGACUUCUAGUUAGAAGGCAGUUCAUAAAG